AUGGAUAAGAAACACGCAAAACAAAAUAUAAGGAAGUCAAUAAGGUGGGGUAAAUCUUGUUCAAACUGCAGAAGACGUAAAGUUAAAUGCAAUUUUGAAAUACCCUGUGAUAGAUGUAUUACUCGAAACCAAGCUCAAACAUGUACUCGUGAUCCUAUGAUUUUUGAUGGUAUGUUAGUCAAGAAUGAGGAACGUGAAUUAAAAUUUUCCCGGGAAAACGAAACACUAAAGAACAAAAUCAAAGAACUACAAGACACCAUUCAAAAACUAGUAAACAAUAAAGAAAGUUUAAAAUCGUUACAACCCAAUGAAGGAAAUGAUACUAGACGAAGUAAAUUUGUUUUAGUAGAACACUUUCAAUUUGUUGAAAAGGAGAGCCUUGUAAUAGAUCCAAUGUUCAGCAAAGAUUGGGGGAGUUACUCAACAACAAUCAGCAAACUCAAGAGGUCAUUCGACAGAGGAUUUAUUUCUGAAACACAAUCAGAUAUGGAUAUUCAGGCUGGUUAUGAUACAGAGGACUGGUUAGCGCUCAAACAUAGCGAUUACUCGUCUUACAAAGGCGAAGACUUAAAGAGUAAAUGCUGGCAGUUUGAGCUAGACAAGAUCCAGAACUUAACAAAAAAGGAUUGUGACAUACUAAUUAACUCUGGGCUAAACAUAAUUUAUCUUUACCCUAUUAUUGAUAGACAAAAAUUUAUGUGCAAAUAUAACUCAUAUUGGAAAAGAACUGGCAUAGAAGAACAACAUCUCUCUGAGAAAUAUUGCAAAUCCAGUGAUACCUAUCUCUUUCUCAGCUUAAUGUAUUCCCUAUUAUGCUUGGGUAUUUAUCAAACCAACGAAAACGAAAAAAGUUUGCUGUCCUUCACUUCAGAAGAUUGGGAAAUUUACCCGAAAGCAAUGUUUGGGUCUUCACUUGAAGCUCUAUACCGAGGAAGAUUUAUGACACAUCCACGUAUUGAAUCAAUUCAAACUAUUAACAUUCAUCGGAUAUUGUUGGGGCUGCUAAGUGGUAAGACUUUGUCCAAUAACUUGCUAUGCGUCUCUUUUUAUUUGUCGUACAAGUUGGGUCUUCACUAUAGUUGCGAUUCAAUUGCAAGGAAUAACAUGUGGACAUUAUUAACAUUUGACUGGUAUGAUGACCAUGAUAGAUAUCCACUUUCAAACAUGAGUACGUACACAUCUUUUACUCCUCCAAGUAAAUGGCUAGAUGAAGGCAAAAGUAUUAUUGAUUGGUCAACCUAUUUUUUGAACUUUCAGAUCAGAGUAUCUUCACUCAAAAGGUCGUUUUAUUAUGAGCAGUCUAAAUCAACACUAAAAGCCCUAAAAAGGGCAAACCUUGAAUUAGAAUCCUUUUUGGAAGAGGUGUCAGAAGAAAUCAAAAGAAAUUGUAUCAUGAAGCACCCCAAUAUGCCUAACGAAAGUCUUCAGCAAAUCAGGUUCCACACAAUGUUAAUAACAUAUCAUGAAAUUCUGAUUGUUAAUUGUAGAAUGUCCACCUUUUUGACUUAUAAUGAAUGGACUAAAAAUAACAGACAUGUAUGUCUAAACAGUGCAACAUAUAUCUUAAGACUUUUUGUCUCCCAAAAUAUGCACCUUCAUCACAAAGCCUAUUUUAGCAUUUGCGAUAUUUCUACAUUUGCUGCAAUUUUCUUGAUCAUAGACUCUAUGUAUUUUAUUAGUCAAACAGACUUUGUUGAAAAGUACCAGCCGUUAAUAAAGAAAACAAUAUCGGUUUUGUAUUCCUUUUCAUCACCUGUGAGAGGUGCUACUAGGGGAAUUUAUGUUAUUAAAAAGAUGAUGCUUUUAUGUCAACAAGAGUUCAGUUCGGGUCAAAAGAAAGUAUGCCAUCUUUUGUCCAAUUCUACCCCUAAAAUCCUCUCAGAUUAUAACAUGAAAAGUGGCAUCCACUUUGAAAAAAAACUGCCUCAACCAUGCAAUAAAGUGAUAGAGAAUGACAGUUCCAGCAACACACUUACAGAUAUCUCUAAUAUUGAUAGGACACACAAUCAACGUAUUGCAAAGUCAACUGAGCUGCCGAAUCCUAUAAUGGAAAUUUUAGAAGAUAGAGGCUGGACAAAUUUUAUUAAUUCAAUAGAUGAUUUAGCUUUAUCAUUUGAUGUAAAUAACUGA